GGUCGAAAGGCUGUGUUGGUGAUUACAGACCCAGACAUGAUCAAAACAGUGCUGGUGAAAGAAUGCUACUCUACCUUCACAAACCGCCGGGUUUUUGGCCCAAUGGGAUUUAUGAACAAAUCCCUCACCUUCUCUGAGGAUGAAGACUGGAAGAGAAUAAGAACAUUGCUUUCCCCCACCUUCAGCAGUGUGAAACUAAAGGAGAUGUUCCCCAUCAUCCGUGAGUUUUCUGAUGGGUUGGUAAAAAACCUGAGACCACAAGCAGAGAAAGGCAAACCUGUAGUGUUGAGAGACAUCUUUGGAGCCUACAGCAUAGACGUGAUCACGGGGACAUCAUUUGGGGUGAACAUUAAUUCUCUCAACAACCCACAGGACAUCUUUGUGGAAAAAGUCAAGAAGAUCCUAAAAUUGGAUUUCUUUAAUCCAGUGAUUUUCUCAGUAGGUCUGUCUGACCUGGAGCUAGCAGCCCAAUCAAUUAUCUUUAUUUUCGCUGGCUAUGAUACCACCAGUCUCACUCUGUAUCUAUUGGCCCUUCACCCUGAUGUCCAAAAGAAGCUGCAAGAGGAAGUUGACAGGACUUUACCCAAUAAGGCACCUGCCACCUAUGAUGCUGUGAUGGAAAUGGAGUAUGUGGACAUGGUGGUGAACGAGGUUCUCAGGCUGUACCCCAUUGCUGGCCGAGUUGAGAGGGUCGGUAAGACAGAUGUGGAAAUCAAUGGAGUGGUUAUUCCCAAAAACACCCUGGUGAUGGUACCAAUCUACGCUCUUCAAAGGGACGCCAAGUACUGGCCAGAGCCUGAGGAAUUCCGCCCUGAGAGGUUCAGCAAGAAGAACAAGGAAAGCAUCAAUCCUUACAUCUACAUGCCCUUUGGAGCUGGGCCCAGAAACUGCAUUGGCAUGAGGUUCGCUCUCAUGAACAUCAAACUUGCUCUUGUCAGACUCAUGCAGAAUUUCUCCUUCCAACCUUGCAAGGAGACCCAGAUUCCUCUGAAAAUAAGUAAGAAACCACUUCUUCAACCAGAAAAACCCAUUGUCCUAAAGAUUGUGUCAAGAGAUAGGACCAUAAAUGGAGCAUGAUUCUCUGCAAAGGUUUUUCUGCUGUGUUUUCCAGGGACAUUGUGUCCAGGAGCACUAGAAAAUGGAUUGAUUGUGUGUGGGGAAAAAAGAACCACUCAGAAAUAAAGCCAGGUCUGGCCUUCUCAGUAAAUUUGUGAUUAGCAAUUCUGGACAUUUUCAAGCUUGUUCAAUGGCUGUGUGGGCUUUUAUCUACUGGGUGCUAUAAAGGAAGUGACUUCUGGUUCUCACAGGAGUAUUGUUCUCUCCUAUCAUCAUUCCGUUCUCAGAGCUGUGAUGAGACCAUAGGCAUUUAUCACUAAUCUUAUCAACAAUGAGGAAGAGGAGAGCUCUUGUGAUAACUCUGUUGGCAAAGGUCUAUCUCCAAUGUUUUAUUUGCAUCAUUCUACUAUGUGUAUUGUGCUGAGAAAGUUAAUAACUUCCUUCAGCAAAGAGUAUGAUUAUGAAGCCUCCACCCACAUGAGGGGCUGAUUGAGGUUCUUUCGUUUUUAUCAUCAGAACCAGUGAUUGCUUGGGGUCUGUUUCAAGUCUCCAAUUAGAUUAUUCAUGAUCCACAGGGUUAAUCUGCCAUGUUCUUCCUCAUUGAAGGUGUAUUGCUCGUCUGAUGCUACCAUUUCUAAGUUCAUGUUUUUGUACCACUCUACUGAGAUGUGUUGUAUUGGUUUUGGUGUAAUGUUUCUAUUGCAUCUCCCCCCAGUAUUCUUUUGUGAUCCAUUUUCACCUCCCCACUGUGUUAAUACAAUGAACACUGAAUAAA